GAAAUUAUCCUCAAGAGUUGGGCUUCCAUAUAGAAACCGUCCCCCAACAAUCUUUGGGCUGCCAGACUUUGUGUUAAAAGCAAAGAUGCCAAAUGGCGUAAUGAGCCUGAUGCUACCGCGUCAGUGGUCCUGAUGAGAGAGCGCAGCGCACCGCUUGCGACAAAAAACCGAAAAGACACCAGUGAUCCGCUCUGCGCGUCAGGGCGCACAGGAUAACCGCAUAUGCAUGUCCUGCCUGCUCUCCUCCGUUUACUGUGUGGCUUCGAGCUGCAUGACGGAGAGAAGACCAUGCUGAGGAUAACGCGCGAGCAGAGGAGCAUCAGACAUUCAGGAGUCUGAUUUAGCUCGCAUGUUUUGGCGAGGGAGGAACAUUUGUUCACAUGCUGCGUGUCUAACCAGCGACGGACAGGCAGCACGAUCCAAACUUCUGUUUCCUCUGCCUGCUUCAGUUGUCCCCAUCUUUUUGCGUCCCGUUACUUUUUCCACCCAGGACGAUGCUGUUAUUUAUUUUGAUCCCCACACGGGCGAAUUUCCCGGAUAAUCGGGUUUGUCCGUGAGGAUUGUCCAUCCACCGCUGCCUUUGUCGCUGUUUUAGUCGGGUGUAUUUUGCCUCCACUUUAUCCACCUUUUUUUCUAUUUUUUUUAUCUUUUUGUCGUCGAUUCGUCUUUAAGAUUGCAGCCUAUUAAUUUUUAAUUCUUAUGCAUCUGCACGAAGACGGUACCGGAGAAGAGAAAGAGUCACACCAGAGGGGGAGAGAAGGAGGCAAGUGAGGAGGAAAAAGCAGAAUGAACGAGACACACUGAGCGGUCAAGAGAAGGGGAGAUCGGAGGAUUCGAGGAUCACCCCUGGGGGAGGGUGUGAGCGGAGGAAAGUGCCACCCCACUCACCUGUGCCUGCUGACCGCCUCUAAGCCGAAGCAUCUUGUGCUCAACCUCAAACAUGGCUCUGGCAGUCUGGAUCCUCCUCACCUGUGCCGUGGCUUUCAGCAGCAUUUCUCCAUCAUCACAGGCUUUGGGCCGCUCAAUGAUGCCUUUUGGCUUGAUGCGCCGGGAACUGGCAUGCGAAGGCUACCCAAUUGAGCUGCGCUGCCCUGGAAGCGAUGUCAUCAUGAUCGAAACAGCCAACUAUGGCCGCACCGAUGACAAGAUCUGUGACGCCGACCCCUUUCAGAUGGAGAAUGUGCAGUGCUACCUGCCAGACGCCUUCAAGAUAAUGUCGCAGAGGUGUAAUAAUCGCACUCAGUGUGUGGUGGUUGCAGGGUCAGAUGUGUUCCCAGACCCCUGCCCGGGAACCUACAAGUAUUUGGAGAUCCAGUAUGAGUGUGUCCCCUACAAAGUGGAUCAAAAAGUAUUUGUGUGCCCGGGGACUCUGCUGCGGGUGCAGGUGCCCAGCUCGCAAAAGGAGGCAGAGCACCAGGCAGGGGCGUGGUGUAAGGACCCGCUGCAGUCUGGAGACCGCCUUUAUGUUAUGCCGUGGACCCCCUAUCGCACUGACAUGCUGUAUGAAUAUGCCUCCUGGGAAGACUUUAAACAGAACCGAGCCACGACCAAUUACAAGUUGCCGAACAGAGUGGAUGGUACGGGGUUUGUUGUGUACGACGGGGCAGUAUUUUACAACAAAGAACGCACACGGAACAUUGUCAAGUAUGACCUCCGGACACGAAUAAAGAGUGGAGAAGCUAUUGUCACUAAUGCCAACUAUCAUGACACCUCGCCGUACCGAUGGGGAGGGAAGUCAGACAUUGACCUGGCUGUGGACGAGAAUGGCCUCUGGGUGAUUUACGCCACCGAAACGAACAACGGACGUCUGGUGGUCAGUCAGGUGAAUCCUUAUACUUUGCGCUUUGAAACCACCUGGGAGACAAGCUUUGACAAGCGAAUGGCAUCCAAUGCCUUCAUGGCGUGUGGGGUUCUGUACGCAGUGCGGUCCGUCUACCAGGAUGAUGACAGUGAAGCAGGUGGCGACCUGGUGAUGUAUGCCUAUAAUACCAACCGUGGCCGUGAGGAACCUGUCAACAUCCCUUUCCCCAACCCCUAUCAGCACAUUUCCUCUGUGGACUACAACCCACGCGACAACCAGCUCUAUGUGUGGAACAACUACAACGUCCUACGGUACCCACUGGAGUUUGGACCACCGGACCCCACCACUGGCCCUUUAACCACCACUCAAGUGACCCCCACUCCUCCGGCUAAGCCUUUCACCCUCAGUGCCAGCCCCUCCACUGCACGGCCUCUUUCCCCCACCUCACGCCCCAUCGGUUCCAUCAACAAGCAUCCCGAUCUUCGGCCAAUCACAGCCACUGUGCCUGUCACCCGCUGGCCGCCACACCCUCCUCAGGGUCCAGAGCGAGAGUUCUGCGAGGCUAAAAUGGUCCGGGGCGUCCAGUGGCCGACAACACAACGAGGAGAAAUAGUGGACCGUCCAUGUCCCAAGGGAUCAUUAGGCAUCGCUUCGUUUCAGUGCUUGGCCGAUGGGGUCAUAUGGAACCCACGGGGUCCUGACCUGAGUAACUGCACUUCCCCGUGGGUCAGCCAGGUUGCCCAAAAGAUUAAGAGCGGCGAGAAUGCUGCCAACAUUGCGGGUGAGCUGGUGAACCACACGCGAGGUCGCAUCCAGGCUGGAGACGUAAGCUCUUCCGUGCGACUGAUAGAGCAACUGCUGGAUAUCCUGGACGCUCAGCUUCAGGCCCUCAAACCUGGAAACAAGGAGUCAGCCGGUCGUAACUUCAAUAAGUUCCAUAAGCGAGAGCGGACCUGUCGGGCUUAUAUCCAGGCGGUGGUGCAAACUGUGGACAACUUGCUGCGUCCAGAGGCUUUACAGUCAUGGCAGGACAUGAACAGUACGGAGCAAGCUCACACUGCCACCAUGUUACUGGAUGUUCUGGAAAAAGGAGCUUUCCUGCUGGCCAACAACAUGUACGGGAACGAUUUCUCAGACAAAGCUCCGAGCGUUGGUCUUCAGGUGCGUGUUGUCAACACAGAGGUGGACUUCCAGGACUUGUAUUUCCCCCCCAAGAAUUAUGCCAGUGACAGCACCAUCCAGCUUCCAGCCUCCACCAUCAAACAGUACAGUCGCAAUGGGCAAGUGAAAGUGGUUUUCAUUCUGUAUAAAAAUCUGGGGGCCUUCCUGUCAACCGAGAAUGCCACAGUGAAGAUGGAACUGGAAGGAUCAAACCAUGACAAGAAGCGCCUGGCGGUCAACUCUGAUGUACUAGCGGCUUCAAUCAACAAAGAGUCGAACCGAGUAUUUCUCACAGAGCCGGUAGUCUUUACACUCAAACAUCUACAGAUGGAAAAUUAUCACACUCCAAAUUGUUCCUUUUGGAAUUACUCUGAGCGCACUAUGACAGGGCAGUGGUCCUCGCAGGGCUGCAGGCUGCUGGGGACCAACAGUACACACACCACCUGCUCCUGCAGCCACCUCACCAACUUCGCCGUGCUCAUGGCUCACCAUGAGCCCGAGGGUCGAAUGCAUGAACUUAUCCUUUUUGUGAUCACCUGGGUGGGCAUUGUCAUCUCCCUAGUGUGUCUAGCCAUCUGCAUCUCCACUUUCUGCUUCCUGCGAGGUCUGCAGACUGACCGCAACACAAUCCACAAGAACCUGUGCAUCAAUCUUUUUAUCGCUGAGCUGCUCUUCCUCAUCGGCAUCGACAAAACUGAAUACCACAUUGCCUGUCCCAUCUUUGCUGGCCUUCUGCAUUUCUUCUUCCUGGCUGCCUUCUCUUGGAUGUGUCUGGAGGGUGUGCAACUCUAUCUCAUGCUCGUGGAGGUCUUUGAGAGCGAGUACUCGCGCAAAAAGUACUACUAUCUGUGCGGCUACUGCUUCCCCGCACUGGUGGUGGGCAUCUCAGCAGCCAUAGACUACAGGAGCUAUGGGACCAAGAAAGCAUGCUGGCUGCGAGUGGAUAACUACUUCAUCUGGAGCUUCAUUGGACCUGUUUCAUUUGUUAUUAUGCUCAACUUAAUUUUUCUCCUGAUUACCCUCCAUAAGAUGAUCCGCAACUCUUCAGCGCUCAAACCCGAUUCUAGUCGCCUGGACAACAUAAAGUCAUGGGCUUUAGGGGGCAUUGCCCUGCUGUUCCUGCUUGGGCUAACAUGGGCCUUUGGCCUGCUUUUCAUCAAUGAGAACACAGUCAUUAUGGCCUAUCUGUUUACCACCUUCAACGCCUUCCAGGGAAUGUUCAUCUUUAUCUUCCACUGUGCUCUACAGAAAAAGGUCCAUAAGGAGUACAGUAAAUGUCUACGCCACUCCUACUGCUGCAGCCGCACUUCCUCCAACAGUUCCCACGGUUCCCUGAAGAACUCAGGCCUGCGUUCCAACAACCGCUACUACAGCGGCAGCCAGGCUCGCCACGCGGCGGCUCACAGACAGAGUCGGAUCCGUAGGAUGUGGAACGACACGGUUCGAAAGCAGACAGAGUCUUCCUUCAUGGCAGGAGACAUCAACAGCACCCCGACACUCAACCGUGGGACCAUGGGUAACCACCUCCUGACAAACCCGGUGCUGCAGACUCGCACCGGUACUUCUCCUUACAACACUCUCCUCGCUGAGAGCUUCACCCCACCCUCACCUGGCGUCUUCAACUCCACCGGAUGCACAGGAACCUUCCGAGACCCCAAGACUACGCUGUCCAAACCCCGUGACACCUGCGGAAUGGAAACCCUUCCCCUGAACGGCAACUUCAACAACAGCUACUCCAUGCGCAGUGGCCCGUCAGGUGGAGGUGGGGGCAGCUGCGACUUCCUGGGUGGUGGAGGUGGAGAUGCCCCUCAGAACAUGUUUAAUCACCGCAGCGUGGAGGCGCUGGGAGGGGACGGUGCCCGGAGAAACCUCUCUGAUGCGGCGGCCUUCGAGAAAAUGAUCAUCUCUGAGCUUGUGCAUAAUAACCUUAGAGGGGGCGUCGGUGGCGGUGCUGGAGGCGAUGUGGACAGAGCAUAUGGCAGCCUCGCCAGGGGCCAUCUUCACAGUGGAAUUAGUCGGGGGACAGCUGUGGCCGGGCCAGACUCCUCUGUGAGUAUGGAUGAGGAAGAGGAUUUUCUGAGAGACGGACGGCAGCGAACGCCACAGGAUGUAGAGCUGCUUUAUAAGGCGCUGGAGGAACCCCUGCUUUUGCAGCGUGCGCAGUCAGUCCUCUACCAGAGCGACCCGGAGGAGUCUGAGAGCUAUACAGCUGACCUCACAGAGAGCCUGGGCCACAGCGGCCACAGCGGUCAAAGUGGUGGUGGGCAGGGAAGCAACAGAGCACCAGAUUCCCCCGCCCACGACUCCCUGUACACCAGCAUAACCAACCUGCGAGACUCACCCUACCCCGACAGCAGCCCCGAGCCCCUGGAGGUGGUGCCUCGCUCGGCUCAGCCCCCUGAGGAGUUGUACUACAGCUCUGGGAGGCCUGCACUAUGUUCUCGUGGGGCCCCAAUGCAGACCUUCUUCCAGGCCCCACCUCCAAGGAGGCCAAGCGGGGAGGGACAUCAGGCUCAGGAGCCCGCCCAGAACGAGGGAGACGGACAGAUGCAGCUAGUCACCAGCCUGUGACUGGAGCCCGAGAGAGGAAGCUGGAGACCGACGUGACGGCCCGAGCCUCCUCUUAGCCUGCCCUGUUCUCGUGUGUCUCCACUCUCUGCUUGUUUGGUUGCCUUUCUUUCACUCAAUUUUUAUUUAACUAACAUAUGAGCAAACAGACUGACCUUCUGGGGGAGCCGUAGCUGACUCUACAGAAGCGGCCUUUAUCAUCAAACCAUUGGAGAUGAGGGACGGGUGUUUUUCUGCAGAGCGUUUCAUCCGCUCUGUUCAGCCCUCCCCAGAACCUUUAGUUCCCUGAGGCCAAGUCCAGCACUCUGAAUGUACCAAUUCCCACCCCCUUUACCUUUGGAUGUUUCAAAACUUUAAAACUUUAUGGAAGUUUUUUUAUUAAAUUCUCAUCAGACCUUCCUCUGGAGAUGAGGAUCUUUUAUAUUUUGUCUCGUUUCCCUUUCUUAUAUCCACUGGUCUUUUUCGAGUUAUCAUGCGAUAGGGAUAGGGAUAUAGUACACUGCUAUUACUGAAAUAAAUGUCAAAGAAAAUCCUUCAUUGUUGCCAAAAAUAUAUUUUAUUGAGCCAGAACAGAAGACAAACACACUCAGACACACAUUCAUCCAGAAGUGCUUGUUUUUUGGAAAUCAAAAGUGAAGACAGUUUUCUUCAAAGGAAAAAAAGGAGCUAGAGCUUUUGCUCCGAGCAGGCAGUGGGAGCUGAUUUCUUGUAGUUGCCUUUAUUUUUCUCUUGCUGUGAAUUGACGACUGUACAGAGGAGGAGCGGAGGUGGAGACAGAGACUGAGGAGGCACUGCACCACCCGUCCGCCGCAGGAGAGUCCACACUGAAAAGACUGGGCUCUCCACUCUGUUUGCUUUAGGCGUUCGGAAAACGAAAUGACUGACCCGUUUUUUUGUUUGAAGACGGUGUUCAAUCUGUUGACUGGUCUUACGUGGAUUGAGGUGGCCCCCUGGCCUCGUACUUUGCUGUUAGAGCCUAGACGGUUGAACUGGACUUGUUUCUUAUGUGUUAUUGUGACAAAGAAGACUGUAAAUGUCACAGACGCACCGGCUGACCAAUUGGUAUAACUGUGUACAUAAGAACCACCAAAUCUACUUUACUCCUACAGUGUAAAUAGAGACACCAGAUGAUCAAAAGCAACAAAAAGUAAUAAAUGCUACUGUAUGAAAAAAAUGACUUCUUGUACUACAACAACCCGACGAAAGAAGAGAAUAAAAUGUAUUGGAGCCUGUGACCUGAAUGAAAACACUAUCUCUCUGUCCCCUGUGACUUAAUCUCUCACGCUUUCUUUCUUUUUUUGUUAUUAUUAGUAUUAUUGUUUGUCCCGGUUUGUGUUUUUAUCAGCAAUUUUUUUUUUUUUUUAAUGGCCCGUUGAGGAGAGUACAGCAAAUAUGGAUAAAGAGUGAAAACGAUCCCAAAUUGAAUGACAGCCGUUUCAUGUUCGACAUUCCUUGGGUUUCCAAAAGCGGUGGGAGUGGGACGUGCGGGGCAAGUGAGAUAAGUGUUGUGCAAUGUCAAUCCCAGCCUCAUGAGCACGAUUUAUGGAGUGAGCAACUCUUGUAUUAUUUGGAAGAAAUGCCAAGAUUACAUCGUUUUAACAACAUGGGUUUUUAGCAUGUAUGAUAUGACCUUUGUUUUGCUAUCAGAGAAUAUUGCAUUUUGCUGUUUCCUAAAAAUAGUUUCAGCAUUACUCCAGAGCCUAAUGUGACAACUCAUUAUUUCCAGUGUGCAUGUAAGUAUGAAUGUAACUGUGAGCUCGGCUGGGUGUGCUGUCUGUAGAAGUGUUACUUGCAGACACCUUUAAAAGACUUUUUUUUUUAUCCAUGACCCGACUUGAAUGCACAUUACACAAGGAGGGACACUUAUCUUUAUCAUUACUUUUCUGCUUCAAAUAGAAGCUGUUUUACUGCUGCCGCAAGAGGAAGAAAUCACUCAUGGGACACAAGUUAACACUUAUAUGACAGAUAGCAGGUUUGACUGAUCAGAGGGGAAUGUUUCCAAUAUGCCACCUUAGGCAAGCCGCACUGGCUGCAAAAGGUCCUGUCACGCAUCUGAAAAGAUUUACCUCCUGCAAUGCUUAUUUAUCCUUGUGGUUUAUCUAUUAGUUUGCCCUUUAUUAUCCAUCCUCUAAUGUCAAAAUCCUGGACACAACGUGAGCAGAAAAUAGAUCCGCCGGUUGUGUGAAAUUUGGCAAGGCCUGAGUGUCCCACUUCUAAGAGAGCCCAGAGGACGGUGUUUAGCUGUGACUCAUGGGGCUGAAAGGAAGAGAGCGUUAAAGACUGAUAAAAAAGGAGGGAUUACAAGGAUUUGUUACCAUUUCUUUUUGCUACUUUAAUCGCUUGCCUAAGUAACAGUGUACAGGCGGCGUUAGGACUCAGGAAGACAGCAGGGGUAACGGGCAGCACCGGUCUGGUAGUCCAUGACCUGGAUUUGCAGCAGAACUUGGUAACUGUUUGUGUUUACAAAUGAAAAGAUGAAUAUGCACAUGUCUUCCGGUCUGCCACAAUGCCGGAUCACUGGAGCGUACACGUUCUGGCUCAGCGGUGGGGCACCUUCAGGAGGCAGCGCUGAAGACUGAAGCUCCAACAAUUCACUCCGGGGCGGAAGAGUUAAUAGGAAACACAAAAUGGCCAUCAUCAUCUUUGUUCCCCUCAUCAUCAUUAACUCUCCGUUCACUGCAUUUGACAUAACAUGCUGACGCUGGUCUCCAGUGUUCGGCCGGACUCACGCCGGGGGGGAAACACUGUUUAGACGGAUUCGCCCCUUGAGACCGGGAAUGUGCGUCACCUUGGGCCUGCUUCUUAUUCCAGCUCCUUUUUUUGUUUCUCUUCCGCACAAACUCAUCCAGUUUUUAAUAUCAAUCUCCAUGGACUCCAUUAGUGCAGCACUUCUUUGAGCGCGUUAAUUUGUUUUGUCAAAACCUUUGUUUAUCCCAGAUUAAUAUCUCAAUAAACAGAGGAGGGCGGCGCUGUGGUAAAUGAUAGUGAUUAUGCUGUAGAAGGUCUGCAGCCCACGCCGUCGGACUGAAUCUCACAUGGAAGGGAGUUGCGCCGCCAUUCAAAGCCCUCUGAUUACAAUAAUAACUCUGUGGGUGCUAAUUUACUGCAGUGAACUCAGUCUCCGCCAUUCUCUUGGCUUUUUAGUCUUCAUUUGCAAGUGUUUAGCCAAACUCCCGGUUCCUGCCGGCGGCGGGCUCCACUUGCUUCAGUGGGAAAGACUUUGACAGUGUUGUUGCACCCCUGCAGCUUCAUGUCAGAGGAGUUCUGCUGAGACAUUGAUCAGACGAUCAUAAAACACCGGUCCCAGCAGGACCACAACGUGUUCACUUGCAGCUGACCCUUUCAACCAGAGACUUUUUGGCACACAUCACACUGAGAAGUGAUUCAACCAUUUUUUUUGGGGGGGGGGGGGCUAAAAUACAGACAGAUACCUGAAUGUUGCAUUUCUGCAGAUCAGAAGUUAUAAGUGAAAAACAGAAGACAUUUUCUUAUGAAAUGAUCAAGCUGAUGUUUUCAAUUCUUUCGUAUUAAUCUGCCAAUAGAAGAAGAGGGUUAAUGUGAAAGUGAAUCCACUGCCGCAUCAGCAUAGUAAAUUUAAGAGUGCCUGUAAAUGCGACAAGAUUUUCCUAACAACAUUUUUAAAUAAAGCACUUAUACACUGUAAUAAAGUAGUACUAUUUUGUUAUUGAAUUCUUAUGACACGAUUACAUAGAAAGCUUUUGAGGUUGUUGCUAGAAGUAUAAACGAUUGUGAUGAAAUCAUGUCCAAUGAUCUAGUGGUCCAAAACUAAAUCAUAUUCAUAUAUACGUAUAAAAUACAUAUACAAAAGGAGAGAGGAUUUUUCUGCACUGAAGUAGAAAAAAAUAGUCUUAGUAUUUCAUUAAUUCACCCAGACUUACUGGUAUCAGGUUUUUUUCUCCACUGUUUCUGAGAGUGUGAAAAUGUGCCCACCUGUGCCUGCUUGUGGCUGUUAAAGCUCUGUCCAUGAUCAGACCAGGAGCAGCUCCCCACUCGACUGUGCCUGGUUUGGAUGUUCUGAUUCAGCUUGAGGCUGCAUUCAUUUAGCCUUAAGUCAGAUAGAAUUGUCAAUAUGUUGAUUUUUUUUUUUUUAAAGCAAAGCAGGAAAGGACACAGGCAGGUAUUAAUUAAUUGGAUCCAUGCUCUAGAUUAGGACCUGGUCAGUAUUAAAUGUCCCUAAAACCCUUGAAUAUACGGUAAAGGCUUUGGGGUUAUAGUUGUGUAAACAGUACAUAGGUAGGAAGGGAGUCAGUAUGAGUAUCAGCAUAUCCGCAGCACUGUUUCUGUGUUUUUUCUUUGCUAACUUAUAAAAAACUGCUGAAACAUCUGUAAACUGCUUUGAUCCUGUUGGUGUUUUCUUAUGGGAAUGACAUUUAUUUGGCUUUUUUUUCCUUCACUCUCACCGUCAUUGCUUUGACAGCAGUCUGGGCCAAAGGGGAUGAUUUUCCGUGAGUGUUUCCAUCAUUGCAGGUCAGACUGACCUUGUAUCAGCACAUAUUAAUAAAAAAAAUCUGUUGAUAAAAACUG